AUGAUGCUUCUCCGGCGCGCUGCACAGGCGGGCGCUCGCAUUGGGGCCCGUGCCAGCAGCACGGCGGUUGCGACGGCCGCCUCCGAGACCCUGUCGCAGAAGGGGUGGCGCUGGCUCGACAUCACAGGCUUCCUGACCAAGUGGCACUCGCGGCGUGCCUGGAUCCUGGACUUGGACCCGCCGAGCCGCGCAGCGAUGGUCAUGACAACGGAGUACGAGCGCAAGCUUUUGCUAUGGCUGACCUGGAUGAACUUAUUCUUCUUUCCGAUCAGCCUCUGGUUCUGGUUCGGCCAGUUCACGCACCUGUCGGCCAAGCCGCCGAUUCCCUUGAUGCCCGAGUACCAGUAUUUCAACGGCCGCAAGCGCGACUUCAGCUUUCACGGAGGUCGCUGGAACGACUGCAAGGAGUGCCGGUGGCUCGAGUUCGAAUGCAAGAAGAUCUGUCACGACAAACUCCGCGAGGAAGGCCGCGACGUGCUCGGCCUGCGGAGGCCCCGGUCGCAGACGAUCGGCUUCCACUGA